AUGAAAUCAUUCACCCACAGACUUGUGCGGGUUUUAUUCAGAAUAGCCGCUCUUUGUUCCUUAGUCGCAAGUUAUGAAGUGCGCUCUGUUAACACGGCAUGGGGUGUUGUGAGAGGAGAGCUGGUGCACCCGGAUGGAGCCGAUCUGGCACCCGUCACACAAUUUCUUGGUGUACCCUACGGUGUAGCUCCCUCCGGACAGUUUCGCUUCAAUAUGGCUAUAUCAGCUGCAAAAUGGACGCAUCUGCCCAAAGAAGCCCGAAAACUGGCUCCAGCCUGUAUUCAAACACAACUUCCUGAACUCAGUGAAACAAGGGCUUUUAAACAAAUGUCAGCUCAACGAUUCGACUAUGUGCAUCGAUUACUUCCAAAAUUAAAACUUCAAUCUGAAGACUGUUUAUAUAUGAAUCUUUUUGUGCCGGAACGAUUAGAUCGAGGCAUAAAAGAAGAAAAGAUCAGUGAAAAAAAUAUACGCGAAAAGAAAUUUGCCGCAGCGCUUUUCGGGAAAAUUAUCAUGUUUCGUAGAUCAAACCACACCAGCGGACAAAUUUUAGACCAAAUGUGA